CUCAAGAAGUCCUAUUCCAGAAAUUUUCAUCGCUACUUUCUAGUUCCAGUCUAUUUCUGGUCCUCCUGUUGUUUCAUGGAGAUCCAUGCAGACGACCAUAUAGUAUUCAUGGCGUUCUCUGCUGUUUUUCUGGUUCUUGCACUACUUUCUACUCAAAGAUUAGGACUUGCAAGUCACCGUUUGCCAUCCAAAUCACUACCAACGGACUCACACGUUGAUGUGAAAUCAUUGCCAAUGGACACAGCCUUGCUACAACUGACUUUGACUUCAGAUAUUAAACCAGUUAAUGUGUUUGGUCUCUCUAGUAACUGCCAUAAGUGUAUCUUUGAACCUUUGGCAAAAAACCUGAAAUACUCUUUAAAUGUAACUGUGGAAACAAAUUUCCCAGUUACACUCUUCGUCAAUGACUCCGAAGGAACACAUGUAUGCGAGAACAAAACUGAAACUUUUGGAGAACAUGGCUUUUACAUUUACACUAUCCAUGGAUAUAAAACCAAGACAAGCUGUACUUUAUAUAAGAAAAUAGAUCCAGACAAUGCAUAUUUACCUUUAUUGUAUGCAUUUUUGGUUAUUCUUGGGGUUGCCUUAACUUGGCUUGUUCUUCUAUAUCUUCUAAGGAAGUACAAUCUCUUGGUCAACUGGGAACUGUUUCAUGACACAGAAAGUCUUAUAAAUGCGGAUCUUGGAAGCCCCAAUUUCAAUGGCCCUGUAGAUGGUUCAGGACAUCACAUUGAUCCUCAUGAAUUGCUUGAAAAGCCAAAGAAACAAAGACUUAAAUCUUUGGACACAUUUCGCGGGAUUGCAUUGACUAUUAUGAUAUUUGUGAAUUCUGGUGGUGGUGGAUAUUAUUUCUUCAAGCAUGCCAGAUGGAAUGGGCUUACAGUUGCAGACCUUGUCUUUCCAUGGUUUAUGUGGAUUAUGGGUGUUUCCAUGGUUAUUUCGUUUCAAUCUAUGAGACGUCGCCAAAUGAGAUCCAUAACUAUCUUUGCCAAGAUUAUCCGUCGCACACUCAUUCUGUUUGCACUGGGGCUUUUUGUAAGCAAUUAUGCAGACCUUGCUCACUACAGAGUACCAGGAGUCCUACAAAGAUUUUCUGCUUGCUACUUUAUCAUUGCCAUGCUCCAGUUGGUUAUUAAUCCUGGAACUGAUUCUAUCCUGCCAGUUGCUGCAUGGUGGAACCCUAUCAGGGAUGUCUUCGCUUUAUGGGGUCAAUGGCUGGUGAUGCUGGGCCUACUAGCUAUCUAUAUCAUCAUCACUUUUGCCCUCAAAAUUGGUGGUUGUCCAAGAGGUUAUAUCGGACCGGGGGGUCUUGCUUCACCUGAAGCUUACAAUUGCACCGGUGGGAAUGCUGGUUACAUUGACCGACACUUUUUUGGAUCAAAGCACAUCUACGGGCAUCCUACUUGCAUGGAAACAUACAAGACGGAGGUUCCGUACGAUCCAGAGGGCGCUUUGGGUACCCUGACUUCUGCUUUCUUGGUGUUCCUGGGAGUUCAGGCUGGUUACACCUUGCACACUUUCCCAUAUAACAUAUCUAGAAUGAAACGGUGGAUAAUUUGGUCUUUGCUACUUGGUUGCAUCACUCUUGCACUCGCAGGCAAGAAUAACGACAGUGUUAUACCGAUAAACAAGAACUUAUGGUCUGUUUCGUUUAUCUUUGUUACUGGUGGCAUGGCAUUUCUUCUGCUGACAUUUUGCUAUGUGACCAUUGAUGUCUUGAGAUGGUGGAAUGGCGCGCCUUUUUGCUACCCUGGAAUGAACUCUAUUCUAGUUUACGUGGGAAGUGAAAUUCUGGGAAGAUACUUCCCAUUUUGCUGGACAGUCAGCGGUCACGUGCAACACGCAGACCUACUGGCUAUGAACCUGGUCGGCACGGCCGUCUGGCUCAUCAUUUCAUAUUACCUUUAUUACAUUAAGUUUUUUGUCAAAAUAUAACUGAUAAAGCACCUUGUUAGCUUUUAAAUUUAGCGCAAUGAUUGGUUAGUUGAGCUUUUAAUUGAUUAUCUGAAGCCAUUCAGAUACUCAGUUACUCACUUAAUCCUCUAACUUCCAUGAGUGACCAAGACAGAAUUUCUCUUGGCGAUAUCCGUACGAUGUCAAGCACAUAAGUGUGAUGAGAAUAAAAAGAAAUAUCAUUUAGGGGAUUAUUAGUUGAUUCAGUACCAAAUUCUCCGAACUAUAAUGUAUACAAAAUUUAUACAACAAUUUAUACAAAAUAAAACUAAUAACAGCAGCUUGUUAGCUGCUGUUAUUAGUUGAUCCAAUUUUAAAUUCUCCGAACUAUAAUAUAUACAAAAUAUAUAUAAUAGUUUCUACAAAAUAUAACUGGUAUUAAAGCAGCUUGUUAGCUAUUAAAGAUGGCGCAAUUAUUGGUUAGUUGAGCUUUUAGUUGAGUAUCUGAAGCCAUCCAUAAAUAACGCUCACUUAACCUUGUAACUCCCAUGAGUGACCAAGACAGAAUUUCUUCUGGCAACAUCUGUACAAUAUCAAGCACACAAGGAUUGGGGGAUUAUUAGUUGAUCCAAUACCAAAUUCUCCGAACUAACAUCAUAAGAAUUGUAUGGCAGACAGUAAGGAGAAUUAUUCAUGAGAUCAUGGGAGCGAAGGGUUAAAGAGGUGAUAAUGACGGAAAUCAUUACAACUCCAAGAAUUUUGCGUUUGUAAUGGCCAACAAGCGCCAGCUGAAAACGUUUGAGUACAGGUCAAAACGGGGAAACGUAUAGCGAUGGUGAAACUCGCGGGAAAACUCGACCUCAUAAAUGCAGUUUUAGGCAAGCGCGGGAAAAAGGUUCGAUUUGUUCUUGUUCCCGAUUGGCUGAAAAGACAGGCUUGUGCCCUCCGAUUGGUUAGUAUGUCUCUUUCGGCUGGUGACUCGUGUAGGUUAAGUCAUUAAUUUAAAUAAUUGAAAUUAUUAUCGCAGAAAAUUGUCAGUGAGUGAAAAGUUGAACCUACUUCCAAUGUCGGCUUGGCCACCUCGCGCACUUUUUAAGAGCGGGUUACCCUUUAGGAACUCCACAUCAGUCCUAUAUGGUAUUCGCAACGAUCAAUGUAUCGAUUGGACGAUUAAUCUAGUUCUUAAAGGGGGGGCGGGGGGCGCUAAGUUCCAGUUUUAUUAUUUCAAAGAGUAAUUGUUCCAUCAUUUUUAAAAUUAAGAUUAUCGUAUAGAAUUUGGAAUACUUGUAUCUACAUAGACUAAAUUCUGUUUUGAGAUUAAAACAUUUUAUAAGUUUAGACGCUAAAUAAA